GCACUAAUGAGGUGUCACGGAUAGGUGGCACUGAUAGGCAGCACUAAUGAGGUGUCACGGAUAGGUGGCACUGACUGGCAUCACUGCUGGGCACUGACUGGCGGCACUGCUAGGCAUUGACUGGCGCAACUGCUGGGCACUGACUGGCACAACUGCUGGGCAACUGACUGGGGCACUGACUGGCAGCACUGCUGGGCUGCACUGAUGGGCACUGGUGGGUGGCACUGGUGGGCACAGGUGGGUGGCACUUCUGGGCACAUGCAGGUGGCACUUCUGGGCACAGGUGUGUGGCACUGCUGGGUGGCACAGCUGGGCACAGGUGGGCACACUGCUCGGCACAGGUGG